AUGUCUUUUUAUUCACUUGCUGCGUUUUUAUUAGUGAUCAUAUCAGUCGUCAAUGCAGGACAAAAAGUUUGCCCUGGUUAUGGCUUCAUUCGGCCACCAACUAAAUGUGAAUCAUCAUGUACAACAGAAAAAGAUCUAUGUCCAUCAGAUAAAAAAUGUUGUUUUCGUGUUGAACAACCAUGUGGUUUUCAUUGUAUUAUACCUAAAGACAAUGAACCAAAAUCAGGCACAUGUCCAACAUCUGAAUCUAUGAAAGAUAAUCCAUAUUGGGGUUUAUGUGAUGGACAUUUUUGUGAUGUUGACAAUGAUUGCAAGGGAGCUGAAAAGUGUUGUUCCAACAUGUGUGAUGAAUUAAAUGGAGAAACCUAUAAAAGUCUUAUACCAUAUACAUCAGAUAUGAAAACAACAAAAACAUUUUUAUAUGCUACUAUUGAUAUGAUACUUCGUUAUCUAUCUGAAAUGAAUGAACAUGAUUCACCUGUUAUUAAAAAUGGUCUUCGUACACCGGAUGAAUAUCGGAAAAUGUUUACAUUUGAAGUAGCUGAUGAAGGUAUGAAUUUAUAUGAUAUACUUGCUAAUUGCGAACGUAUUCUCGAAACAACUGUUCGAUCAGGUCAUCCUCGUUUUAUAAAUCAAUUAACUCAAGGUGUUGAUAUGAUAUCAUUUGUGGGUGAAAUAAUCACUUCAUCAAUUAAUGCAAAUAUGUUUACAUAUGAAGUAGCACCGGUUUUUAAUCUUAUGGAAGAAAGUAUACUUGCGCAUAUGAGAGAAUAUUGUGGUUGGUCAAAUACAAAAUCACCAUUAAAUAAUGGCGAUGGUGUUUUAGCACCCGGUGGUGCUGUUUCAAACUUAUAUGCUGUAUUAGCUGCUAGACAUUAUGCAUAUCCAAAUAUAAAAAAAUCAGGUAUUCGAGAGAAUUUACGUUUGGCUAUGAUUAUUUCAAAACAUUGUCAUUAUUCAUUGAAACGAGCUGCAGGUUUACUUGGUAUAGGAACGGAUUAUGUUUAUGAAGUCGAUCCGGAUGAAUCUGGCCGAACAUCAGCUGAAAAAGUUGAAGAAAAAAUUCUUUAUUGUCAACAAUUAGAUUAUUCAGUAUUUUUUGUUGGUGUUACAGCAGGAACAACAGUUUUAGGUGCAUUUGAUCCUAUUGAAGAAAUUGCAGUUGUUUGCCAAAAAUAUAAAAUAUGGUUACAUGUUGAUGGAGCAUGGGGUGGUUCAGCAUUAUUAUCACCAAAGACUAAACAUCUUCUUCAAGGUAUUGACAAAGCAGAUUCAUUUACAUGGAAUCCACAUAAACUUAUGUCAGUCCACCUUCAAUGUUCAGCUAUUCUAUUAAAACAUUCGAAUGUUUUAAUGCGUGCUAAUCAAAUGUUAGCUCCUUAUUUAUUUCAACCGGAUAAACAUUAUGGAACAUCACUUGAUACAGGUGAUAAAACAAUUCAAUGCGGUCGUCAUAUUGAUAUAUUAAAAUUAUGGCUUGUAUGGAAAGCUCGUGGUAAUCAAGGUUAUGCUGAACAUAUUGAUAACUUACUUGAAAAUGCUCAUUUCUUCUAUGAAACAAUAUGUAAACGACAACCAUAUUUUCAAACAGUCAUGAAACCACCUUUUAUUAAUGUUUGUUUUUGGUAUGUUCCACCAAGUUUACAAAACAUUGAUCCAACAACAAUCGAAUAUAAACAACGAUUAGAUAAAAUUGCACCAAGAAUUAAAGAACGUAUGAUGACAAAUGGUACAAUGAUGGUUGGUUAUCAACGUCUUGAUGACUAUCCGAAUUUCUUUCGUGCAAUCAUAUCAAAUUCAGCAACAACAAAAGAAGAUAUUGUUUCUAUGAUUGAUGAAAUACAUGAACUUGGACAUGAUCUUUAA